UUUUGAGUGCUUCAGUUAAAUUUGCUGAUUGUAUCACUAACAUUGAUACUUCAAAGGUGCCACCUCUCAUAACUGUUCUGGAGAAUUGAUCCUGGAUUCAAAUAUGUCAAAAACUAGCAAAAACACUAAGAUGCACAAAGCAAAAGUACAAAAAAAUAAAUGUCAAAAUAUGUCAAAGAAUAAAUCAAAAUUAAUUAAUAAACAAGUUGGUAAAAAUAGUGCAACUAAUAAUGAUAUUAUACUUGAGUUGAUGACAAAAUACCCAGAACUAAAUCAAACAUUUGAAUAUAUUUUAUAUUCUAACAAGUAUAAACAUACAUUAACUGAUGUUUUUAAUAUUAUAAAAAUGCUAUUUUCCAAGUUGGAAGAAUUGCAAAAACAUGAUGUUGACCUAAAAAAUAUUAUGGAAAAUAUUAAUCUUAAUAAUAAAAUUAAAGGAUUAAUCCAAAGUACUGCAAUUAAUUUAACUCAUGUUGUAGAGCAAUUAGAUGUAAAUGAAUCURCAUUCUUAAAUUUUGCACAUAAUUUUAGACCAUUACCUACUAUUAAAAAUGACAGUCAAGAAGUUACAGGUAGUCUAAUAUCUAGUUGUCCCCAUAUACCUAUAGUAUCAGAAGACACUAUAGUUUCAAGUUCACAAGCAUCAAGUGAUAAUUGUUUAAAUCAAACAAUAAAAACUGAAAAUAAAUGUGACAAACUCAUGACAAACAUAUUUGGUGGCCAAUACACUAUAAUAUUGUCAUCAGAUGAUGAGUAUGAAGAAUUGGAUGAUUGUAAUGGCUGCAAGAAACAAAAUACAACAGAAAGUAAACCUAUAAAAAAUGAAGACAUAAUAAGCUAUGUAAUAGGAUCAGACAUUAAAGGUAUGUUUGACAAUGAUAAUUCUAACCAAGAUAUAAUUUCGCCUUCUAAACAAAGUCAAGAUAUUAUUCCAAAAUCUAAAUCACAACUGAAAACACCUACACCAAAAAUCAGGAAGGUUAAACCAAAGGUUUCUAAUGAAGCUGUAGAUGAAGCAAGAAAAGCUGACUUUAAUUUAAGAAGACGGCAGAUUAUUCGAAAUAAUGAAACGUUGAGUAUAGUUAAAGAAUUACAUUUAAAGCCUCAUGAUAUAGUAUUAGAAUUCGAUACUGUUAAAAAAACACCAAUAGUAAAGAUUAGAAAAGAAUUAGCUAAAGUCUUGAAAAUACAUCAGGUGGAAGGUAUUCAUUUUGUAUGGAAUACAGUUUUUGAAACUGUGGAAAAAACAAAUACCACUGAAGGGACCGGGUGUAUUUUAGCCCACCGAAUGGGCAUCGGUAAAACUUUGCAAAUUAUAACUUUAAUAUAUACUAUAUUAUGCCAUACACAAAUUAAUAUAAAAACAUUUUUAAUUAUUUGUCCACCUGGAUUGAUUUAUAAUUGGAUGGAUGAAAUAUAUAAGUGGUUAAAAAAUAUUGACAUAGAUGAAAUUGUCAAAAUUUAUGAUCUGCCUAAAACUCAGAAAUUAUACAAUAUAACAAACAUAGCGACAUGGAAAUCUAAAGGCGGGAUUCUUAUUCUUAGUUAUGAGAACUUUAAGAGUUUAGUGAAUUGUAAACAAAGUGAUUUACAAGAAGCAUUCUAUCAUACUUUAGUUGAUCCUGGGCCAGAUGUAGUUAUUCUGGAUGAAGGGCACUAUAUUAAAAACACCCAAACUAUACUAUUAAAAAGUUUAACACAAAUCAGAACAAAAAGAAGAAUAGUAUUAACAGGAACUCCUAUGCAAAAUUCUCUUAAAGAAUAUCAUACAUUAGUGGAGUUUGUCAAACCUAAUAUAUUGGGAAAUCUUACAGAUUUUGUUACAACAUUUAUCAAACCAAUUGAUGCUGGCCAAUUUAUAGACUCUCAUGAUGAGGAUGUUAAAAUAAUGAAACAACGUACAUUCAUUUUACAUAAACUCUUACAAAAUACUGUCCAUCGAAUUGAUGAUAAGAACCUAAAACCUUUGUUUACAAACAAAAUAGAAUACACAAUUGAGGUUAAUUUAACUAAGUUCCAAUGUGAACUAUAUGAGAAAUUCUUGCAUUAUAACAAAACAUCUAAUGAUGGUUUUAAUGUAUUUUUAUGCUUACAUGUGUUAACAUUAAUAACAUUACAUCCAAUAACAUUGUAUAGAUUGAAAAAUUUUAAAAAUAGCAAACAACGUGAAUUAGGGACUGCAGUUGAUGAAAAAUUAUCAAAGGACUUGUCAUGGAUUGAUAGUUAUGGAGAAGAUCCAAGAUUUUUUGAUGCUAAACAAAGCAAUAAAAUCACAUAUGUUUUAAAUACAAUUCACGAAUGUUCUAAACGAAAUGAAAAAGUACUUUGUUUUUUAAAAUCACCAUUAGCUUUAGAUGCUUUGGAAUAUUUUUUAAAACAAGAGAAGAAAUGGGUAUUAGGAGAAGAUUAUCUUAGAAUGGAUGGUAAAACACCUCUAUCUAUACGAAAUCAAAUGUGUGAAGCUUUUAAUAACCCUGAAAAUACUGCUAAAGCUUUUCUUUUAUCCAUGGGUACUGGUGUCCUUGGAUAUAAUAUGGUUGGUGCUAAUAGAGUAUUGCUACUCAGUACAUCAUGGAAUCCAAGUAAUGAUUUACAAGCCAUCUAUAGAUGUUUACGGUUUGGUCAAAAAAAAACUGUUUUUGUUAACAGAUUAUUAGCAAAAGGAACUGUAGAACCAAAAGCAUAUUAUCGUCAAAUUUCUAAAUUAGGAAUGGCCAGCAGUGUUGUAGAUUUACAACAUAUAAGUCGAAAAGUAUCAUAUGAUCAAACUAAUGACUUAUUUUCAUUUGAUUCGACAAAAAAUUAUUAUCAUCUACUUCCUAAUACAAAGGAUCCUGUACUAAACCAUCUAAUCAGAUACAAUUUUGAAUUGAUCAGUGAUUUUAAAGAACAUGAUUCUAUGCUUGUUGAGUCUGUCGAAGAGCAAUUAACCAUUGAAGAACGUAAACAUAUUUGGUCAUCAUUUAAAAACAAGCAAUUGCCAACUAAAAGUUUGAUUAGACCAAAACCACUUUCAAAGUUACUGAAUACUGAUGAGCUUAUAGCGGAAAAUAAAAAAAUAAGCGAGUUUUCUGGUUCUACAAAAAAUAUCCAACCCAAAGAGUCACAAGUUCCUAAUGAAAGUCAUUGUUCUAGAAUGCAUACACAUAACAGUGCCAAACAAUCAAACACACCUACAAAUAAAAGAAAACAAUCAACAAGUACUGAAGAAACCCUAAAUAAUUCAACAUAUUCAAAUGCUCGAUUAAAAAUUUCCAAAUUUGAUAAAUCUGACCACCAUAAAAAUGUUGAACCCAUACAAAAUCAGUUCAGAAGUUUUCAACAUAGAACUUUUAAUCACCAUAAGAGGCACCUAGCAUCACAUCAUCGUGCUCCUUUUUCAGGUAUAUUACCAAAUUUAAAACAUCGGCCUGAUCCAAACUUAAGAAGCCAACCAAACCACAUUAAGUUUAAUAUAAAUCAAACAUCAACUGAAAAUAAUAUUUUAAACCGAUCUGGUAUGUCAAGAUAAAUAAGUCAAAUAUUUUCUUUGGAUUUAAUAUAUUAUAAUCCUGUAACAGUAAUUAUGUAAUAAAAAUGUAAUGCCAAUACAUGUCCAUACUAGAAACAGUUUUAAUGUUAUUUUAUAUUAUUUUUAGAUUUUAAGUAUUUUAUCCAAGUUAAA